UUGGAUUUGUUUUUACACGAGGGGACUUGAUCGAAGUGAGAUAAUUGCAUGAUUAUACAAAUCUCGUACGUAAAUUAAAAUUAAAACAAUGAAAGACAAUAUAAUAUACACGUAUUUUUCAUACAUAUCAAUGUCCUAACUUUAUGGUAUCAUUGGCAGCAAAAUAAAAAUUUUUAUCAUGUACGUUUUAUCAGAAAGGUCUUUCUCGAAAGAAAAAUUAUCCAACAGUAAGAGUAUGAAAAAAUAGUGUAAUAUCGUAAUUUUGUUAUUCAUAUAGAGAUAAUACUGUUAAAUAGCGUCAAAAUCGAUAUGAUAUCGAAAAUCUGAAGUAUUAUGUUGUCAAGGUAGUCUUGUGCUCUUAUAUUUCACAUGUUAGAAUUUCUGGGUCGAUUGAAAAAUAUUACAGAAUUCUAAGAUAAGACUAUCGGUAUUAGUGAUAGAUUAUCGAUAAUGCAGUAAUCUGUAAUAUUAAUGUACCGUACAAGCGACAGUUCCUCUAAUCGUUCUUUCUAAAUAGUUUGUGAGUGUAUCACGAGAGGGAGAGAGGGUUACAAUAUAACUGAGCGUAAUAAUAAUAAGGUGAUUAUAAAGCGUGGGGGCGUGGGGUGAUAGUGAAGAAUCUGUAGUGCAAUGUGAGGAUGACCUUGGUGAUCCGCGAGACGCGAGUCCGCGACGCUCGAAAAAGCUCGUGAUUCGCUCGAUGCGAUGCUUCACACAUAUUUGGUUGACUUGUACAAGUGGCAGAGUAGAGUAGGAUGGCAAACUCUCACCACACUCUAGAAUAGACAGGUGUCAAACAUCGCGACAAGCGUACCUUGAGUAAGACGCGUGCGCGCGCGCUCGCUCUCGGAGUAAUCUGCAAUAAAAAGUAACAAAAAAAAAGCGCGAAAAUGAUACUGUUGCAACAAUUUGCGGAUUUGUUGAGCCUGAUAACAAUAGGCAUGUGUUUCGUAUUGAAAAUUCCGCAGAUAUUAAAAUUGGUUUCCGUGAAAUCAGCCGACGAAAUGUCCACCCUAGGAUUAUUCUUAGAAUUGACGAGUUAUACUGUGAUGACUAGUUACAAUUACACAAAUGGAUACUCGGUGCUAUCAUACCUAGAGUAUCCGAUAAUAUUAAUGCAAGAAUAUAUAUUGAUAUUUCUCGUAUUGAAAUAUUUGAACAGGAUCAACGUUUGGUCCUUUUUAUGUGCCGUUAUAUACUUUGCGUUGAGCGCUUGUUUGCUGUUGGAAAUUGUUCCGAAAAUCGUACUUACACUUCUAGCGCCUAUGUGUACUCCGAUCUCCGCUUCCAGUAAAAUCGUUCAAUUAUUGGCUAUACUUCGCGCUAGAAACGCAGAGUCGGUUUCGCCCCUCACCUGGUUUAUAUCUGCCUUCACGAACCUGACGAGGGUGUUCACGAUAUGGUUGGACUCUGCCGAUGUACUAUUGCUGGGAAAUUUUAUCAUCUCGGUGUUACUGAGCUCCAGCAUCAUGUUCUCCGCCCUUUACUACAGAAGUCGUCCGUUGAAGCAAGAUUAAACGAACGGAAAAUUGUAUAAAUAAUAAUCUAGUCGCAGGCGUAUUCCGUGAGAAAUCGACAAUUCACACUAUUAUUAUUAACAAACAUACACGAUGUGUAUGUUUGUUAAUAAUAAUCAAGGGAGAUAUAUUCUAUCUUAUUCCCGAUAAUAAAACAUAGAAAUUGUUUUUCCUUCU